UGAGGGUCAAGGAGUCCUCUAGAGAAUAUUGCUCUGCAAAUAACAAGCGCGAUGAUGCUUGUGAGUUCUUUCAUUUCCGAUGGCUUGCUUGAUUGGCCUCGUCCUAUACUCUGGAAAAACAAAUGCUCCCAGUAUUGAUCCUAGCAAUGGACGUCAGCUUUGGCAUCCAAUCUUGGAUUGAGGGUGGCGUUACCGUCGCUAUUAUCGGGCUAAAUAUCGUCGUAGGUUACUUUCAGGAGUACGCGGCGGAAAAAACCCAUGGCUUCUCUACGAUCGCUGACAACGCCGAGUAAGAUCGUGU